AAAUCCAACGUAGUCGAUCUAUCUAUUUUGAAUCGUUCAGACGUGAUAACAGCCAAAAAUUGCAUCAAAAAUUUAAAUUUAUUUUCGAAAAAAGGGACUGAUAAAAUAAUAUUCGCGUGAAUGAAUCAAAGCAAAUGAAUCCCGCUGAACUGAACUAUCAAGUUGUUGGAACGUCAGAUCAUAACCAAAAACGAAAUAAUAUGGAGCCGACAAAGAAAUGGCGUCAAUUUAUGGUCGGAAUCAUAGUAAAUCUCUCUGCUGCAGCUGUAGGCACAUGUCUUGGAUGGACAGCUCCCGUAAAUCCAAAACUGAAUGACGCAAGUCUCAAAGAUUCUCCGCUUGAUGCUGUUCCCACAGUCGACGAAGCCUCCUGGAUCGGUUCUUUGGUAGCUCUCGGCGCUGUCAUCGGUCCCUUAAUUGGCGGUCCAAUGGCGAAUGUGGUUGGGCGAAAAUGGACUUUGCUCUUCAGCUCGUUGUUAUUUGCCGUGCCCUAUGCCACGCUGAUUUUCGCAAAAACUGUUCUCGUGAUUUGCAUUGCGCGGUUCAUUCAGGGUUUGGGAGUUGGCUUCGUCAUGUGCGUUGUCCCGAUGUAUAUGGGCGAAAUUUCGUCGGAUGAGGUGCGUGGCGCCAUGGGAUCUUUUAUGCAACUUUUCAUUGUGACCGGAAUUUUGUACGUUUAUUGCGUUGGUCCGUACGUCAGUUAUGUGGCAUUGCAAUGGGCUUGUUUGGCAAUUCCCGUUGCUUUUGCUGUGGGAUUUUUCUUUAUGCCCGAAAGUCCCGCUUAUUACAUCCAAAAAGGAAAUCGAGAGAGCGCUGUGAAUUCUUUAGUAUUUUUGCGCGGGAAAUCAAAGGAAGGCGUGCAAGAUGAAAUGUCAAUCAUUCAAACGUCAGUCGAGGAAGCGUUGAAAAACAAAGGAUCUGUGUUGGAUGUCUUCCAAAAUAAAGCUUGUUUGAAGGCGUUGAUCAUCAGCGGAGGUUUAGUCUCUUUUCAACAGCUGUCCGGUAUCAAUGCCGUCUUGUUCUACAGCACAGACAUCUUCAUUAAGGCUUCCGGCGGGUCUGGCGGAGGAAUGGAUCCCUCCGUUUCGACAAUUUUGGUUGGCGCUGUCAUGGUUUUGUCUUCCGGAACAACUCCUUUGAUCGUCGAUCGGUUAGGAAGAAAAAUUAUUUUGCUUUUUUCAGCAGUUGGCAUGGCAAUUUCUUUGUUCUUCCUCGGUCUCUUCUUCCUCCUGGAUCACAACAAAGCAGAAAUCGUGUCUUCCAUCUCAUGGCUGCCCGUUGUCUCUCUCAUCGUUUUCGUCUUCGUUUACUGCGUUGGCUUUGGAUCUUUGCCAUGGGCCGUUCUCGGAGAGAUGUUUUCGCCCGAAGUCAAGUCCAAUGCAUCUUCCAUCGUGGCAACAACUUGUUGGAUCCUCGGUUUUCUCGUCACAAAGUACUUUAGUGCGCUCGACGAAGCUCUCGGUACACACUGGUCAUUUUGGAUUUUUGCCAUUUUCUGUGUCGUCGCCUUCUUCUUCGUGACAACAAUUAUGUUCGAGACAAAGGGACUCACAUUGCAACAAAUUCAAGAUAGAUUGAACGGAAUUUAAAUUUUUUUUUAUCAGUUUUUCAUUCAAUUUCGGUAUUUUACCCUCGUUUCGUUCGUUAUCUUCGCUCCCUCCGCUGCUGUCUCCUUUUGAUAGAGCGAAGCGAUAGAAGUUUCAAAAGUUUUUAACAAGAUAAAUUUCGAAUUAUGUGAACAAAGUUAAAAAUACAUGUAGAACUUUUACAUAGCUUAUAAGUAUUUGUUUGUAAAAUAUUUUUUUUUGUGCGAGACGAUAAUAAAAGAAAAAUUGUUC